AUGCUGCUCUUCAACCAUAUUUGGAACAAAUCAGCCUAAUUGAGGAACAGGUUGCAGCUCUGGAGCAGGCAGCUUAUAAAUUGGAUGCAUAUUCCAAAAAACUUGAAGCCAAGUACAAAAAACUGGAGAAACGAUGA